UUCUGUUGUUUCAGUCUGUCUCCGUCCUGCGGUGUCGGAGCUCGUUGUUCCCGGAGGGGCUCUGUCGGCAUUUCAGCGGCCACACAGAUCAUGUUGACAGACGGAGUCCUGACUCGGGGGUCCUUUGGAUGGACCACGGAGGGGAACUUCACCUCCUUGUGUCCCAACGGGUCGCAGUGGGUUUGGGAGGGGCUCGGGGAGUGUGCGCAGGACGCCAGAGACAUGGCCAGCAUCUACCUUGGCCUGCUGUCGAUCCUCUGCUUCAUGGUGUCCUCAAUCCCGCAGUACUACAGCUCGUGUAAAACAGGAAAUAUGGACAGUGCCCUCUCUAUCUGGUUCCUUCUGCUGUGGCUGGGGGGCGACUCCUGCAAUCUGGUGGGCUCCUUUCUGGCCGAUCAGCUUCCACUUCAGACAUACACAGCAAUUUAUUAUGUCUUUGCUGACUUGCUGAUGUUGGCCAUGUAUACGUACUACAAGAUAAAGAACAGAGUGGCUGAAAGCAGGAGGGUUUUACAUGUGGCGGGUGUAGCCUGCAUCCUCAGCUGCACCGCAGGGCUCAUCCAGCUCCCCUGGGCCGGCUCCCAGCAGGAAGCGUUUUACCCCGAGUUCAGAAGCCGCUCCCUGCUCUCCGUUUCUGAAGGCAGCUCUGCGAAGGCUUUUACUCCCAAGGAGAUUAUCGGUUUCUCCAUCGGAUCAGUGUCGUCAGUGCUUUACCUUUGUUCCAGACUUCCACAGAUGUAUACUAAUUUUAAAAGGAAGUCCACGGAGGGAGUGUCCUACUUCCUCUUUGCGCUGGUCAUCCUGGGGAACACGACGUACGGCCUGAGCGUGCUGCUGAAGAACCCAGACCAGGGCCAGGCUGAGUCCAGCUACCUGGUCCAUCACCUGCCCUGGCUCAUCGGCAGCCUGGGCACGCUCACCCUGGACCUCAUCAUCUCGGUCCAGUUCAUAAUCUACCGCAAAUCUCCGGCAGAGCAAGUGGACUCGGACGAAACGGCGCCUCUGAUCAGGACCUGACGCUGGAAAAUCCGAUUUUACACACAGCAGUGUGCGGAGCGUGCCGCGUACUUUCAUUUUAUAUUAUUUAUUUUGAAGCCAUCCUCUUUGUUUACAUUGUUUUUAUCUGUCACGUUCAGUGGCAGCGUUGAGUUUGGAGGAUUCACUGUGCUCUUAACAAGAUGUUUUAAAGGAAACAGUUUUUAAAUCAUUGUGCUGCUUUUAAGUUGCCAAACACUUUUAACCAUUGGAUUUUGCACAAAGCCUCAUCGGAUCUCACUUCUAGUGUUUCAGAAUACAUUUUCUACCUUUUCAGGCAUGUGGAAAAUACGUAUAGAGUCAGUUUAAAGUGGUUAAAUUAAGUGCCAUGACUUCCCAAAAACAAAACAAACAAAAAAAAGAACUUUUGGGAGAAUUACAUUUUUGUGCUUUUUAGAUCAGUCUUCUUGUGGGGUUUUUUUUUUUUUUUUUUUUUUUGAGUUUUCUGGUGGUGGCUCACUCCCAGAUGUUGAUCUGGACCAGUUUUGCUUGCACUGGUGUUUCGACUCGGUUUUAUUCCCACCUCCUCGUCUCCGUUGUUUUGCACAAUAUGACACAAACUUUGUAUUUUAUAGGAAUGUUAAUCGUGUUAGGUGGGUCAGUGUUCUGUAAAAAUCACUCACAAAUGCAAGUUCUUCUGUCAUGAUGUAACUCUGCUUUGGAUGUCGGUCUCUGACAUCCACCAAUUUAAUGAAUAAAUGUAUGUUUUACACGA